AUGGUGCAGUAUAGUUCUUUCCGUGCUUGGAUCAAUCGCUUCCUUGCUUGUAUGGGAGGUUGUCUUGGUUGCUGUGCUAAAUCCCAACCAAUUAUUGCGGUGGAUAAACCAUCAAAAGGAUUGAGAAUUCAAGGACAAGCGGUGAAGAAACCGAGCAUUUCAGAGGAUUUUUGGAGCACCAGCACAUGUGAUAUGGACAACAGCCAAGUUCAAUCUCAGAGAAGCUUAUCAUCAAUUAGUUUAUCAAAUCAGAGCCUCAGUCAGUACAGUGGCACUGGCAGCACUAGCAACUGUCCUGAGUUUGUAAAUCAUGGUUUUUUGCACUGGAAUCAAACUAGGCUUAUGUGGAAUGGAAGUACAAAGUCACAGAGCAAAGGAAAAGUUGAGGAACCUGUUUUAAAUUGGAAUGCAAGUUAUGAAAGCUUACUAGGCACUAGCAAGCGUUUCCCUCAACCAAUUCCUCUCUCAGAAAUGGUCGAGUUCCUUGUGGAUAUAUGGGAGCAAGAGGGCAUGUAUGAUUGA